AUGUAAAAUAAUAAUUAAGUAAAUCUGUUAGAAGAAAAUGCUAAAUUACGAAAGAAUUUAAUUGAAUUAGAAACAAAUCUUUAAGAAUUAGUAAGACAAGAUUCAUUGAUAGAAAAGUGGACAGUGAUGAAAAAUUUUGUACUUGUUUCAACUGAGAUAGAACGUCUAUCUUUAGCUUAUGUGGCAUUGGAGAAAUAACAUAAAUAAUUAAUAAAUGCAUAAAAUAAAGAUGUAGAUUAGAGUGAUUAAAAAAUAAAGAAAUUGAUUACUUAAUUAGAAGAAUUAAAUGAAAUAAUGAUUUAAUAAUAAAAGAGAAUAGAUGAAUUAAAUAAAAAUAAUACUUUAUUAAAAUAAUUGAUGAAUGAAACUAAUUAAAAGAUGUAAGUCUUAACAGAUAUAAAUAAACAAUUAAAUAAAGAUGAUUAAAUUCUAAAGUAAGAGAAAUAAAAUUUAUAGAAAUAAUUAUUUGAAUCAAAUAAUGAAUUGAAUAAUGUAAUGUAAACUUUAAAAGAAUGUGAGGAUAUGUUUAAAGGUACUUUAUUAAAAUAGGAGACAAUUAUAAAGAAUUUAUCUUAAUAAAAUGAAAGUUUUAAUUUUGAAAAUGCUAAAAAAGAUAAAUUAAUUUAUUCAUUAAUGAAGAAAAACAAUGAUCUUAUUAAUGAUAUUGAGAAAAUAGAUAAAAAAUUUAAUGAGUAAUCUUUUUAAAUGAAAAAAAUAUCAAAAAUGUAUGAAUCAUUAGAAUAAGAAUAUAAUAAUUAUAAAUAGUAAUAAUAAGGAAAUUAAACUGAAGUAUGCUUAUUUUAUUAUUUUGUAUAUAGUUUCAUUCAUUGACUAAGAGAAUAGAAUAUAAGAAUUAAGUUUUAUUAGAUUUAGAAAAUAAAUAUGAUAAAUUAAAUGUCAUUGUCAAAACUUAUGAAGCAUAAUUAGAAGAGAAAGAUUAGUAACUUAAGUAAUUAAAGUAAUAAUUGAUUGAGUCAUAAAAUUUAUUGAAAGAUAUGAAAAAUAAUAAUAAAUAAGUUAAAAGUGAAAAUGAAAGUGAAUUUAAAUAAUUGAAUAAUCAAAUAAAGAGACUUUAAGAUAAAAUAAUUGAGAUAAGAUAAGAACUUGAAAGUGAAAUUUUAUUGAAAGAAUAGUUGUAACUUUAAUAUCAAAAUAAGGAUGAAGAAUAUUAAAAAAUAAUUAGUUAGAAUGAAAUUUUGAAAUUAGAAUAAAAUGAAUUAAAGAAAUAGAUUUUUGAAUUACAAUAAAUUUUGAAUGUUGAAAAGAAUAUGUUUCAAAAGGUUUAAUUGGAAUGUAUAGGUUUAAGAGAUUAGAUUAAAUAGACAUAAGAGAAUCAUUAAAUUUAGGAUCAAAUUAAUUUAGAAGAAGAGUGUGUUCAAUUAAGAAAUGAAUGUGAACAAUUAAGAAAUGAAACAUAAUAUUUUAAAUACUAAAAUUAUUAGUAUUUAUAAUAGAUUGAUGAACUAAGACAAACAAAAACAUAUUUAAGUAAUAUCUUAAUGGAUAGAAGACAAUAUUGA